AUGGAUUCCAGUGGAGAUUCAAUAAACGAUUUUAAUGUUGCCCUUGAUAAAUUUGUGUUGAUACUCAAGGACAAUUACAAUGAUCAAUUUUGGACGUCUUUUCGGUUUGUUCCCACACAGGAGGUGUGUAACCGCACGUGUGUCCAACGAUACAAAUUGAAUUUUGUCGAGGAACCAUUCGACCCCUUUGUUCGCGACCGGUUUGCCACAGAG